AUUUUGGCUCGACACCGGGGUCAGAUGUGCCAUGAAGUGCUGCGCAGGGCAGCCAUCAGAGACCCCCCUGGCCCGAUAUGCGCGAGCUUUGCGGAAGGAUUCAGGUUCCGGAGCAUCUCAACGCUCCACAAGUGGAGAACUUGCCGUGGAGUUUCCAAUGUACACCAUCCAAGCAGAUCUCUUGUUGGAGAUGACGGCCAUCCAACCGCACGAGGAGCUUCUUGCAGAUGGAAAACUCACCAUUUUUGACAAAGAACUUGGACGAGCAGCCUUUGUGUCCCACCAAUGGAUUGGACAGGGACACCCAGAUCCAGAGUUCAAACAGAUGAAGGUCUUGCAGGACACCCUGAGAAAUCUCUUCUCCGGUGCUAGUGAAGUCUCAGUGGAUCUGAUCACAGAGGCAGUCUAUUUCCGAUCCAAAGGUAUUCCCAGCAAAGAAUGGCGAGGGAAGCGACUCUUCCUGUGGUAUGACUACUUCUCUUGCCCUCAGCAGGAUAAACGUCAUUUAUCGCUACAAAAGGCGAUUGACAGUAUCCCUGCGUACGUGUCGCGUUGCGAUUUCUUCAUGGCCCUGUGCCCGGUGCUGGGCUCGCCGGACAGCUCGGAAGCCUUCAGCGACUACACCUGGGGUGACCGUGGAUGGUGCCGCGUGGAGCAGCUCGUGCGCGAUCUCACCGUGAAUCAAGGAUCUUGGAUUGUGGUAAAAAGUGCCAUGCAUCAAGAGCUGAAGGUGUCUCAGUUGACCGGCAGUUCGCCGGGGGAAGGACGCUUCACGGUGGAUACAGACCGUGCACGAGUCGCGGUGGUACUCCGAACAAUCCUCAAAAAGAAAUUGCUAUUUUGCCUAGAGACUGGAGACUUUGUUCACUAUCGGUUUCUGUUGAAUCAGCAGAGCACGUUCCUAAGGAACUUGCCAGUGGAAGCGGUACAAGACCUGAUUCCAAGUGACGAAGACAUCCAGGAUUUGAUCCGAGAGAACGUGACCGGUGCUGCCAAUGGUCAACCGAAAGCUGCACCGAAAGCUGCAGAGAUUUUGGGGAACUUCCUCCUUCAGAAUGGAUUCAAAGAUGCCUUUGCUUCGGACUCUGCCGGGUGGUCGCCUUUGUGCUACGCCAGCAUGAAGGGGGAUGCCGCUCUGAUCUCAGCAUUGUUGGAGGUGAAGUGCGAUCCCAAUGAGAAGACAAAGAAGCCCAGAUCUGAGAUCAACAUGGAUAAGCACAGCCCGGUGCUCUCCAUCUCCGCCAAAUUCAAGAACCACGAGGCCAUGCGUUUGCUCAUCUCUGCUCGAGCGGAGAUCAACUCAAACGCGGUCCACACACCCUUGGGGGUCGCGUGCUUGGCCAAUGACGCAGCGGGUGUGCGUCUUCUGUGCCAGGCCCGCGCCGAUCCACAUUUGAAGAAUCCUUUCGGUGACCACGCCUUGAACAUGGCAGCUGCAGCCGGCUCCAUUGUCCUAACGGCCAGUUUGAUGUCUACACACAUUCCCGACCUCCGAGGGGAUCGGGCUGAGGAUGCUAUGGAGGCACUUUUUCAACAGACCUCGGACUUUGAUUUGACCUUCACUCUGCACACAGCGGUGAUGCUGCAGGGCGGAUCUCACCAGGUGGUUCGGAGGCUCAUCGAGGCAGACGCAGACGUGGAUCAGCCGUACCGCCAGCCGUCCUUCAGCUUGGUGGGCAUCGUUCAUAAGGUGAAGGGGCUGCAGUUCAGAUUUGGGCAUACAACUAUGAUGCUUGUCGGAAUUGAGGAUGCGGCGCAUGGCCUACCACAGCCGUGGCGCCACCCCGUUGAUGCUGGCCAUUCUCUGUGGGAACUUCGAAGCAGCCGCCAUGCUGCUGGUCGAGGGCGCCAGG